CUAGAAAGAAUAUGUUAACAGAAGAUGUUAGAAUAGAUCCUUCUUUAAAUAAAGCUGUUUGGGCAAGAGGGAUAAGAAAUUUACCAAGAAGAAUUAGAGUUCGAUUACUUAGAAAGAAAAAGGAAGAAGAUGAUGGAAAAGAUAAAUAUUAUACACUUGCAUAACAUGUUCCUGUUGAUUCAUUUGAUGGUUUAAAAACAGAAAUUAUCAAGUCAUGA